UGUGAAAAGUCAAGAUGCAAUUGAAACUGUUGGACUCGAUGAGAAUAUCCAAUAUACUCAGGUUAUUAUUGUUUUGUAAACUAGUAUAUUGUUUUUUGUUUAUUGAAUAUUUUUUGUUUUUUGAAUAUUUUUUAUUUAUGUUAUUAAUGUUUUUAUUGUUUAAUGGGUUUUUUUUUAUUUUUUUGUAGGUUUUUAAUGAUGAUGCUCCUUCAUUUGAUAUUAUGAGUUUUAUUUCUAGUAAACCUGAUUGGUUUACUGAAGAAAAAAAGAAUACUGAUAAAUUGAAUGAUGAAGAACAGGUUGUUGAUGAUCAUGGCCUAUUUAAGGAUGUUGUUAAAAAAUCUAAGGAGGAUGAAGAUGAUGGUGGUGAUGACCAGGGUUUGGGGGGUGGUGAUGCUGUUAAAGCUAUUGGUUCAGAUGGGACAAAUAAAGACAAUGUUGAGGGAAAGAAUACUGAAGAAGCAAAAGAUGUUGCAGAUGGGAGUAAUAAAGAUAAUGUUGAGGGCAGAGCAGUUGAUGUAGAUGCAAGUGUAAAUGAUGUUGAAGGUGUUUGUAGUAAGGGAAAGUUGUUUGAUAGUCAAGGCACUGAGGAUAGUAUCACUGUGUCUGCUUUGGAGAUUAUAAAUGAAAAGAUUGAUGCCUAUGAGGGAAGCAUUAAAAAGGAUAAGUCUUUAAAUAAAUUAGAGGCAACAAAUGCUGAUGUUUUAUCUACCUAUGGGUUGGACAAGACUGAUGUUGUUGGUGUUGAGAAGAAGCAUGGUUCUCAAGAAAGCUUUUCUGUAUCUACCAUGGAGGUUGUUAAUGAUCAUUUGGUUUCCUAUGAAGACAGUUUGAAAAAGGUUUAUUUUUAUUUUGUUUAUGUUAUUUGGUAGUUUAUUUUUUUUUUCUUUUCACUUACUUUUUUUUUUAUUUGUUUGUAAUUGUUUUGAAUGCUAGGGAAAGUCUAUAAAAUUGGAGGAAGAAACUCCUACAGUUGGAAAUAGAGAGAGGAAACCUAGUUCUGUAUACAACAGUCCGUAUGCCACAGAAUUUGGUUCAGGUAGUAUUGGUAAACCAAAAGGUGGAC